AUGAUUUCAUUCGUGUCGAUUUUUGUAUUCGGUUAUCUUCUUGGUUUAAGUUUUAAUGAAACAAAACGUACAACACGCUUGCAAUCUUCAUACGAUAUAAAAUUAGAUCAAAGAUUAUCUAUUAACAAUCAACAAUUGCUAGAAUCACCAUUUUAUGGAUAUAAUUCUACACAUCUUUGGUCGAUGCGUUUAGCUGAUGAAAAUUAUUUUCGUCUAGCACAUCUUUUACCAUGUCGUGUUGUUGAAUAUUCCGGUGGACCAAAUGUUGAUAAAAUUAACUCAUGUGAUCAUUCAUCAACAAACGAAUACUCAAUACAGAAUACACUACAAGCACAAAAAUGGCUUUAUGAACAUCAAAAUCCAAUAGAUUGUACGAAUAAACGUUUUGCUAUUCUUCACAAUUAUGCUUUGUCCGGAUUUGGAUCAACUGUUCAUCAAAUUGCAUGGGCAUUUGGUGCGGCAAUAGCUGAUAAUAGAAUUGCUGUAUAUCAAGUUCCAGGAAAUUGGCUAUAUGGAGCUUGUAAUUCAGGCACUCCAGAUUGUUUUUUUCUUCCCAUAACUAAUUGUUCAAUACCGUCUAAAGUCGAUGGCAAUCAAACAAUUGAACUCAAUACUAAUAUUGGUUAUUGGUCGAAACCCAUUCGUCCAUCUAUAUUUCAAAAUCGAACUUUUAAUUGGUAUCGUGUACAAUUAUUAUUUUAUUUAAUGCGAUAUAAACCUGAAACAUUAGCUCAUGCACAGAAUACCAUAGCACAAUAUUUUAAACCACCUUCAAUUGAUCUUCAUCAUCCAUAUAUUGCUGUAUAUGUGCGUCGAUCGGAUAAAGUCCUAAAUAAAGAAAUGUCUCAAGCAUAUACGCUUAAACAAUAUUUUGAUUUAUUUGAUGCUGAUGCUAGACGAGCGAAUAUAAGCACAAUUUAUAUUAAUUCCGAAGAUGAACAAGUAUUCAAUGAGUUUGUUCAAAUAAAUAAAGAAAAACAAGGCUAUUAUAAAUUAUUAAAUAUAACAGUACAAAGAAAUGUUGUUUUUGUAUCAUUAAUUGGCAUGACAAGGGAACAAUGUGGAAAAAUUAUGUUAGAAUUUCUUAGUGAUUUAUUUAUUGAAGUUAAUGCAGACUUACAUGUUGAUACAUUAACAUCAAACUGGUGUCGAUUAGUUGAUGAAAUACGACUUGCACUUGGAAAAACAAUACCUUUUUAUACACCUGAAAAUCAAUUUUUGAUGGGUAUGGCACGGCGAAAGUGA